AUGAACACAGGUUUAACAGUAAUCGGCUAUUUUUGGACUCUUCUCUCGACAGUUUCAACCGUUUGUGCUAUAUUCGGAUUCUAUAAUCCCAGUUGGUUGAUCGGUACGAUCAGCGUUGAUGGUAGACGUGUGUACACGUAUUUCGGUUCAUUCAGAAGAUGUAAUUACCCUGUUUAUGAUAAGGUAUCGUUUCAGUUGAAUAAUCGCUUGCAGGAGUUGAGUUCGUUUCGUUUAGAGGAGAGAUGCGGUCGAUAUGCAACAUUCAGCGAUAUACCAUCGAUAUAUUGGCAAAUUUCAACGAUUUGCAUAUCGAUGGGAUGUGCACUCUCAUUAUUAUUAACAUUUAUAUUACUCGCAUCGUGUUGUGUCAAAGAUAUCGUUACUCGUACCUCUGCACUUCUUAUUGGACUCAUGCAAGUUGUUGCUGGUUUGUUCCAUUUCAUAUUUCAAACUUGUCAUCAAUUUUUACAUACGAUGAACUUCAAAUAUGCAUUCGUUGAUGUUCCAAAUUAUAAGUUUUUGAUAAAGCAGUGGUUCUCACGUUCGGGUGCUCUAUUACCCCUUUUGAUGAUCUGGCAGGCCGCGUUAUCCCCCUCUGAUACAGAAACUUAA